AACAUGAGCCACUACUACUCAUCGGAGGAGGACAACAGCUCGCAGUACCUGGGCAGUCCCAACUAUAACCUGACACUGAUGUCCAGGCCACAUCAAGUGGAACAGCAGUACAGCAAUGUGCCAUACUUAUCACCCGAUUGGCAAUUUCUAGAUGCCACAAGUAGCAGCAACUUGGAGCUGCCCCAUGCCAACUACAAGACACAAGUGGAGCAGACUUCUUUAACAGAGCAACAGCAACACAAACGACGCAAGAUCAGCUCCAGCUCCAGCUCCAGAAGUUUGAGUGAACAGUGUGAAACCAGCAGCCACCAGGUUGUGGUGACACUGAGUCCCACGGUGCAGAAGAAGAGACGACAGGCGGCAAAUGCGAGGGAAAGAAAACGCAUGAACGGUCUCAACGAGGCUUUCGAUCGGUUACGUGAGGUGGUUCCGGCUCCCUCAAUCGAUCAGAAGCUAUCCAAAUUCGAGACUCUGCAAAUGGCCCAAUCCUACAUUUUGGCACUCUGCGAUCUCCUGGACAACAAUGGAGAUGACGUCGAUGCCACUGCCUAUACGAUCUUUGGGGGCAGUGAAAGCAGUUUUGAGCUGGGACAGUGA